UUCUAGAUUAGUUCACAUUUUAUCAAUCGGUUGAUAAAUCCCAAGUAAGGUGGAAGUCAGUAUAAGACAGUUCAACUAGCCUCAAGAAUGGAUUAUAAAUUCCUUGGUGCUUCCGGGGUCCGGGUUUCAAAUAUAUGCUUGGGCACGAUGACUUUUGGACAAAACACGUUCGCUGCAAUCCCCACUCAAGCGGAUGAAGACAUCGCGUUCCAGAUCAUGGACAGAUACGCGCAGCUUGGUGGUAACUUCCUGGAUACUGCCAACGUGUAUGGCCAAGGUGCAUCCGAGAAAAUCGUAGGAAAAUGGCUUUCAGGACAGGUGCGUAAACGGUUUGUCUUAGCAACAAAAGUCCGGAUGCAGAUGGACAAGACCAACGAGAACGGUAUCGGUCUUAGCAGACGACAUAUCGUAGAGAGCUGCGAGGAAAGUCUAGAGCGGCUGCAGACACACUACAUAGACCUCUACCAGUCUCAUAUCUGGGACAACGCGACACCUAUCGAAGAGACGCUGAGGACGUUUGAUGACCUGAUUCGUUGUGGAAAGAUACGUUACUAUGGAGCCAGUAACGUCUGUGGGUGGCAAAUGCAGAAGAUCGUGGAUAGGAUUGACAGCAUGGGUCUCAACAAAUGUGUAUCUUUACAGCAACAGUACAGUCUUCUGUGUCGUCAGUCUGAAUUUGAAGAGUUCAUGGUGUGUGAGAACGAGGGCAUUGGCAUCUUACCAUGGUCACCUCUUAAAGGAGGCGUUUUGUCUGGGAAGUUCAAGAGAGAUGAGAAUCUUGACCCUACAAGCAGUCGGAUCGGGUUCAUAUCCACGGACGAGGGAAAGGCAAUGCAGUCGGCGCCGGCCUGGAGCAAGUACCGGGACAAUGAUGGGUUCUGGAACCUUAUGGACGCCAUGAAGACAGUAGCAGAUAAUCAUGGUAAAACGGUUGCACAAGUGGCGUUACGGUGGGUGCUACAAAAGCCACAAGUGUCAUCGGUUAUCAUCGGAGCGACAUCUGUCCGCCAACUCGAGGAUAACUGCGGGGCGAGCACGGGAUGGAGUCUGACGCAGGAAGAGAUGAAGAAACUUGACGAAAGCAGUCCCCGAGUGAACCUGUAUCCGUAUGAAAUGAUCUGGCGAAUGAACGGCGCGAGAUACAAUGACUUCAAUCGUUCGAUUCUAUUCAACUAAUGUGGCGGCCAGGAUCAACCACUUACUGACGCGCUAUUGUCACAAAUGCUUUGUACUAUAUAAAAAAUUUAAAAUAUAAUAUUUUAUCGUGAUACAUAUGUAUUGCGAUUAAGCAUGAAAGGACGUCUGUUUGCUUGUCCUUUCAUGACGAAGAAUAAAAGUAACAUUUUGGAUUCCCACAUUUUUAUUUUUGAAUUCUAAUUCGAUUCGUCAAUUGCAUUUUACCAUAGGCCACAAAUGAAAACAAAUGUAUAACGAUGACGAGCCAUAAAGUGCUUUAACAUUAUGUGGCUUGAACAGUAUUUGUCUUAAGUGUAGUGUGGCUUUAAUAGUAUUGACAUUAAAUGUCUUAAAUAUUAGGGGCGUUAAUAGUAUGUGGCUUAAAUACUAUCAAGAUAAUUUGUCUAAAAUCUUAUGCGGGUUAAAUUGUAUGUGGCUUAAAUAGCAUAUCGCUUCAACGUUAUAUGCCUUAUAGAUUAUGAGACUUUAAUUUGUAAUUAUGUGGAUUAAAUAGUACGUGGCUUUAAUAUUAUUUUGCUUUAAUAUUAUUUUACUUAAAUAUUAUGUGGCUUAAAUAUUAUGUUGCUUAAAUAAUAUGUGUCUUAAAUAGUAUUUGGCUUAAAUAGUAUGUGGCUUAAAUAGUAUGUGGCUUAAAUAAUAUUUUGCUUAAAUUUUAUAUUGCUUAACUAUUAUUUUGCUUAAAUAUUAUUUUACUUAAAUAGUAUGUAGCUUACAUAUUACGUAGCUUACAUAUUAUGUGGCUUAAAUAGUAUGUGGCUUAAAUUGUAUUCAGCUUAAAUAUUAUGCGCCUGAAAUAUUAUAUCUAAAUAUUAUGUAAAAUAAAUUGUGUGCGGCUUAA